AAAGAAGACUGAACAGAGAGAGAGAGAGCUCUCAGAAUCCGAGUCUCCUACAGAGAGGCUGCUUCAGCAGGGGAUAAUUUUUUUUUAAAGUGCAGGGCAUUUGAAAGCCAUGGCAAGCCCUUCUGGGACUCCAGAAGACUCGGGGAAGCAGCGAGGCAGGGAUGGCAAGAUGAGGAGGGAAGAGGAUGAUGCCCCACCGGAGGGGAAGAGACUGAAGCUAGGGAAGGAAGGAGGAGACAGCGGGAAGGAGGAGGGAGAAGAUUUGCCAUGUCUGGGCAGGGAAGACACCGGGACCCAGACAGGUGGUGAAGGCAGAAGUGCUCAACUAGCCCUGCCCUACAGCCCAGCAGAGACCCAGGACUAUAAAUCUGACAAUUCUGUACUCACUUCCAGUGCCAAGAACAGUCCUCAAGGUCCGGUUUUGACAAGCCAGGCUGCUAGCAAAUUCGAGGAAACCGCACAGAAAACUCAUGCUAGUGAUACUUACAGUACUUACAGUUUUCUCGACCGGAGUCAGCAUUCAGAUAUUAAAACAGAUUGCAAUUCCUGCGUGGAAGUAGAGGACAGAAAAGUUUCAAGGCAACAGAUGAAUUGUGAAAGAGAGCAACUAAGGGAGCAGUUAGCAAGUUUAUUUGGUGAAAGCAGAGAGCAGGGUAAUCAGGAAGCUACAGCAGCUCCUGACACGAUGGCACAGCCUUAUGCCUCCGCCCAGUUUGCUCCCCCUCAGAAUGGAAUCCCUGCAGAAUACACGACUCCCCAUCCUCAUCCCGCUCCAGAGUACACAGGCCAGACAACAGUCCCAGAGCACACGUUAAACAUGUACCCUCCAGCGCAGACGCAUUCUGAACAGAGUGCCACCGACACGAGUGCGCAGACUGUCUCCGGCACAGCUACACAGACAGAUGACGCAGCACAGACUGACGGCCAGCCUCAGACACAACCUUCUGAAAACACAGAAAACAAAUCACAGCCCAAGCGGCUGCAUGUCUCAAAUAUCCCCUUCAGAUUCCGGGAUCCGGACCUCAGACAAAUGUUUGGGCAAUUUGGUAAAAUCUUAGAUGUUGAAAUAAUUUUUAAUGAGCGAGGCUCAAAGGGAUUUGGUUUCGUAACUUUCGAAAAUAGUGCCGAUGCGGACAGGGCGAGGGAGAAAUUACACGGCACCGUGGUAGAGGGCCGUAAAAUCGAGGUAAAUAAUGCUACAGCACGUGUAAUGACAAAUAAAAAGACAGUCAACCCUUAUACAAAUGGCUGGAAAUUGAAUCCAGUUGUGGGCGCAGUCUAUAGUCCUGAAUUCUAUGCAGGCACGGUGCUGUUGUGCCAGGCAAACCAGGAGGGAUCUUCUGUGUACAGUGCCCCCAGUUCACUAGUAUACACUUCCACAAUGCCUGGCUUCCCUUAUCCAGCCGCAACUGCAGCUGCUGCGUACAGAGGAGCCCACCUCAGAGGCCGUGGCCGUACAGUCUACAACACCUUUCGGGCAGCGGCUCCUCCUCCCCCAAUCCCAGCCUACGGAGGAGUAGUGUAUCAAGAGCCUGUGUAUGGCAAUAAAUUACUGCAGGGUGGUUAUGCUGCCUACCGGUAUGCCCAACCAGCCACCGCCACUGCGGCUGCCUACAGUGACAGUUACGGACGAGUUUAUGCUGCCGACCCCUACCACCACACACUUGCUCCAGCCCCCACCUACGGCGUUGGUGCCAUGAAUGCUUUUGCACCCUUGACUGAUGCCAAGACUAGGAGCCAUGCUGAUGAUGUGGGUCUCGUUCUUUCUUCAUUACAGGCUAGUAUAUACCGAGGGGGAUACAGCCGUUUUGCUCCAUACUAAAUGACAAAACCAUAAAAACCUUCCAAUGUGGGGAGAAAGGAAGCUUUCCGAGGCCCGGGUAUUGCAAUACAUGCAGUAGUGCAUCAUUUUAGCAACUCUAAAAAGAGGAAAAAAAAAUUACAUUUUUUAUCUUAUACCUCAGAUAUUUUGUUCUGUGUAUUUUAAUAUUGUGGGUCUUUGAUUUCUGAAGGUUCCGUAGUUUGAUUGCUGGCUGUAGAAGUUUUUGUGGUUGAUCUAGAAAGCUGCUAGAUAUGAAUAAAAACUGUUUUAGGGCCACAAUCAAGAGUGCUAUAUCAUGUAAAUGAAUUAUAUAUGCUGAAUAUUAAGCUAUUGGGAUUAUCACAUGUUUUGUAAGAGUGUAAGUGACUACAGUAGUCAUUUUUUCUGCAUCUACAUUUAUUUUAGUUUAUGAAAAGGGAGGGGUGGGAGGGAGUCAGGGAUAAAGGGUCUGGGGGAGGGGGUUGGCUAAAAAAAAAGUAAUUAAAUUGAUGAAGUUAAAACGGGCCCCACUGCACCAACUAUCAUUUAUCAACUGUCGUAAAUUAUUCACUUGUUUGUUCCAAGCCAAAGGUUAUGUUGUUAUAGGGGGUGCUUCUAGAGACACUUGUACAUACAAUCUGAUUAAAGCUGUCCAAGCCCACCCUUUUAAACCAUUCCACCAGGCAGUAUUCAGCUAUUUAACCAUAACUAGUUAUUUAGGCAAAAAAACCCUGCUAGUUAGGCCAUUAAUAAGCAUUCUUUUUAUAUUUCUUCCAGUAUAAUAAAUUAUUGAUAUCAUUGCUGACUUUUAUAUUAUGGGAGGGAAAAACAUUAAUAAAAAGGUGAUAAAAGCACUGUUUCUAUUUUUUUCUUUUUUUCCAAAAAAGAAAGUAAUAAAAACUUAAAUUCUUUGUACCAGUAAAAAAAAUGUAUAAAAUUUACAUCUGUGCAGUGGAGUUGUUAAGUUCUAGAAACACAGCCUAUGAAGCUUUAGACUUAGCCUAGUAGAACAACUGUUAGAGACAGACGUAUCAUUUUUAUGGAAUUACAUGAUAAUCAUAUUCAAAUUUAUAUAAGCAUUUUACAAGUAUUGCAAUCAUUGAGUAGAGAUAAUCAUGGUAUUUUCAUCAGCUUGGUACUUUUUGAAACAUGACUGUGUCGUGUAAACAAUCUGCAAUUUUUCAAUCCGUGACAACCUGUCCCCUCCCUUCCAUACUGCACCCACCCACAAAAAUAAAAGAAAAAAGAAAAAAAAAAAAGAAAAAAGGAAAAAAAAGAAAAAAAUUCCAAACCAACACCUUUUUAGUUCAUUGUCAGGCCCAGGGCAAAUUUCAAAUGGGAGCAAAAGUAGGCCCACCUUCUCCUUCUGGAGCAUCAUGCACGAAAAGUGACACACACCUGGGUUGCUCUGAAACAUCUACUUAUCCUGGGGAAGGGGCCAAGGUGGCAGAUUCAAACACAGUUGAAAAACUUGCAGUUUGUCUGUGCAUAUGUUUGGACUCUUUCCAUGUUGUCCUGUUUACAAGUUAACCUGAGUUGGGGUGUUUGUCACGGGUCUUCCUGUUUUUUGUAUUUAAAUAAAUAAAGCAGGAAACUGUCUCGCUGCAGUUUUGCUGCUAAUAGUUAUAUUCUCAUGUGUACUAGUGUGUGCCCCCGGGCAUGCACUUUAAUAAGUUAUCAACUCACCGCUGUGAACCUGCCAACUUGCUAUAACAACUCUGCUUUAACAAAAAACAAAAACAAAAACAAAAAAAAAAAUGUGUUUGUGAUCCAGCUUCCUCUUGUCAUCGUAUGUGCAUGCAGUAUGAUCAGUUGGACAAUAAACCAUCAAUAAAGUUUCACAAGAUUUGAAAACAAAGUUUCUGUAGCAUUGAUAUCUAAGACUGAAAAUGAACUCUCGAAAAGAGAAAGAUGUUAAUGAACAAAAAAACGGUAUACGACAUUAAUUUUCACUGGUUGGGGAAUGAUGUAGAACUAAUGACAUGCUCAUUCCUUCACCUGUAAAACCAAAUGUGUGAAAAGACAAGUGGCCUGGAUAAUAUUUUUAAGGAAAUUAAAUUUACCAAAAUGCUACAGCAUCUCAAUUGGGACAAUAAAAUGGAGAAUUUUUUUCCUAAGUAGCUUCAAAUGAAAAAUGUGGAAAUAUCAUCUUCUUUUGGAAUCACACACAAAAUUAUAAAUAUUUUGGUAAUAGCCAAAUUUAUUUGCAAUUUUGAUUUCCACUGAUGAGAUGUACUUCCCCCCAUGAUUUAAGUAGUUUUAGUAAAAUUAUUUAAAAGAUGUGGGUGCCAACCAAUGAUGCAGAAUAUUUUGUUUAGAAAGCUCCUACAAGACUCCAAUAAGUCAUUUUAAAAUGUAUGUCUGAGAUGUAAGAAAAAAAAGGUUUGUUUUUUUUACAGUAUAUAUUGGGAAUGUUUUCACUUAUAUAAAUAACUACUGAUAUUAUGAAUUAUGGGGAAAAAUUAAUACCAUGUGUGGCAUAUAGUGACUUCUAAACAACAAAAAAAAAAUCUGCAAACCCAGAAAAUGUGUAUAUCUGUCUUUAGAAAUUAGUGUUUAUAUCACUACAGUGGUUUGUGAAUAAAGAAAACUGGUUUGUAAUAUUAAAAAUAAAAGCUUAGUCUGUAAAGGUA